UCACUUGCACAAAUCACAUCAAGCACAAGUUCAGUCAUGACUGGAGUGCCCUUCCAUGAUUGGACAGACUCCCAAGCCGAGCACCAUCCACGUCCUCAAGUGACCCGUGGCCACGUGGACUGCAAAAUGCAUUUCUUCUACCUGGAGGUGCUGCUGACCGCACUGCCUGUGCUGGGGCUGCGAGAGAUUUCCUCCAAGCACCUCAGUGAGGCACCGAAGGUGCCGCCAGUCUCCCGAGCCAUUGGAUCGCGGGUGCUGGAUUGGCCUGCAGAGGACAAACCUUGGCACAACGGUGGCCAGCUGGGCAUGCAGGUGGAGCUAGCCUUUGGCAGCUGGAUGAUGUGGCCCCUGCGGAAGGCCUUCGAAUCCACAGCGUUGGAAGCGGUGAAGAAGAACAUCGUGGACAAAGUAGGGGAAGCAGGUGUCAAGGUGGAUGUCAAGUUGCGUCCUAUGCUAUGGUCACAGGAGUUGUCGGGCUAUGUUUUGCCUCUCUUCAUAGGCCUUCGAGGUAUCUCAGACUUCGAUGACUUCAAUCGGGAAAACCUGGAGAGCGUCAAGGCCACCUUGCUGCAGAAUUCUCUGGAGGGCGAAGCCGGACCCGGUGGAGUGGGCUAUGCCACCGAUGCGGAACCUAUGGAGGUGCGCAUGCGCAACCAGGUGGGAGAUGCCUUGAAGAGCGUGAGCAUGAGGAAUGUGAGCAGUUUCCAGCUACAGCUGGACGUGCAAUUCUGGACGGAGCCCCUUCUGGCCAAGGAGUCUGCAGAGGAGAAGGAUCUGCCCAAGAUGUUGUGGGAGAAGAUUACAGGUGAGUACUGGCGGAAAGUCCAUGAUAGUGGUAUCGAUCUCUUCAUCGCCAGUCCCGAGUACACCGAGGCUCAUUUGCAUCCGAGGGUCUAUGGUUUUGGGGAAGCGCGAUCCUACUCCACUGGAGGGACGGAGAAGUGCGUCUUCGCCCCCGACUUUCAGAUUUCUGAGUCGGAUGAUGGAAAGGUCAGUUUCUACCACAGCGAAGAGAAAAAGGUCCUGGGCGUGCGAGCAGUCAUCACAGUCAUCAGCGUGAACGAGAAUUUCUCCCGGCUUUUGCCGAGCGUGAGAGACGAGAUGAUGCCACAGCUGAUGAAGGAUCUUCCAGGUGCCUUGGGAGCCAAUGAGGGGCAGAGCAGCUGCACCCCCUGCGGCUGGUCCCCCAGCGACCCACGGCUGUCGCCCUUGCCGCACGACAGCAUCACCUGUGGGCCGCUGCCGAGGGAAUAGCGCGCUGGCAGAUUUUGCUGGCAUCAAAA